AUGAGUGUGCAUCCAGCGUGUAAUGAUCAGCGGAACAAUUGCAAUGCAAAGAAACAGAUCUCAUCAAGACAGGCCUCCCCUUUGUGCAUUUUUAUUUGCACACUGUUGCUGGCCAUUAUUGGCAGCAAUCAUCAUCAUCAGGUGGUGGCUGAGGCAUCUCCCGCCACUGCUGGUGGUGGUGGCAUUAAAGGAUUACGCAUGCGUUCACCGAAAAUUGCUCACAUUCACGUGCUGCAGGCAGUAGCCGAAAGUUUACCAAAGAAUACAGAAAAUCAACAAAAUAGUGAAGGAAAGAACCCAGUGGGUAAAUAUGAAAUCCGCAGUGUUUCCGGCGAACCAAAUUACAAAUCUGUCAACCUGACAUGGGAGGUGGAAUUUGUACCCUCACCCAAUGACAUUGUAACGAAUAGCAGUGAUGAAAUCGAACCUCCAGUAGCAUUUCAAUUAUUUUUCUGUGAACUGCAAUCGUUUGGACCGCAUCGAUGCCGAUCCAAGGUGGUAAAUGCCACAAAAUCCGUAUAUGAUAACAAUGAAGACAAUAAUUUGGAGGUGGUUGAUAAAAUACGCCAAGUCCGCCAAUAUGUGGCCCAGGUGGAUAAUUUACGUAUGGCCACCAAAUAUAGUUUUCACAUUCGUUCCAUACCGAAAAAUAAACAGCUGAAGAAGGUUACUGGCCGUUCUGAGAUAUUCGAUAAUGAAAUAGAGGGUAGUGAUUUUCUGAGUUCAUCGAAUUUGGGUGGACCCACCAUUGUUAUACCUACGAAAGGAUUCUCGGCCCAGGCCACACGAUGCCUGCCCAAUGCCUCAGAAAUCGAAGUGGAGACGGGUCCAAAUUUUGGUGGCAAAAUUGUGGUGGAUGGUGGCAACUGUGGUGUGAAGGGGAAUCCCAAUGACUCCAAGGAUAAAUAUGUUAUGCGCAUCGAUCACAAGGCUUGCGGUAGUAUGGUCAAGCCCGAAACCAAUACCGUGGAAACUUUUAUAACGGUACAAGAAAAUUUGGGUAUAUUCACACACAGUACGAGGAGAUUUGUGGUGGUAUGCAGCUAUCAAUCGGGUAUGCAAACAGUACGCGCUAGCUUCUCUGUCCCCGGCCGGGGUGGAGCGGUGGCUGCUACCCAUGAUUCUCUCGAGGAGGAAGAACGUAUGGGUCGUGGCCUUAAACCUUUUCGAUUUGUCGACAAAUCGGAAUUAAUUCUUAAAGAAAAUAAUGAAGAAGAAUCUGCUACACCAUUGUCAGAGGAAAUUGAGGCCGUGGUAGAAGAAAUGGACAAUCCCACUGUGGCCAGUAGUUUGAAUCAAACUGAAAUUACUCAGGCAGCGGCAUCAGCAGGAGAAGCUGCGGACACCACUUCAAAUGAAGAGGUCAUGGCUGCAAAUGACGAUGAAGAUGCCACAAAUGCUGUGGCGAUAUUGGAAAAUAUUAUACCCGGUGUUAAUGAAGAUCACAUAAAAGCCAAUGCGCUACAACAACAACAGCAGCCGGGAGAAGAAAAUGUAGAGGUAUCAAGUGUGGAUGAAGUCGCAGAUAAUGUUGUGAGUAGUGGUGACCAAGAGACCAAGCCAGCUGAAGACAGUGCAGAUGAUGGCAAUGAAAGCAAUGUGAAAAAUGAACGCUUUUCCGCAAAAUUUGCUAAAUUAAUAUUGGAGCGCAAUGACCGUGACCAGGAGGUGGCAGCCCAGGCUAGGAGUUAUGAUGGCGAGUCGGCGAAGCUCAGUGAUACACCCACUGGAAGAGCUUUCGGUUCGAUGUUAGAAUUGAUCUCCAGCAAUAUGGGUAGCGUGCUGCUAACUGUUAUGGUAUCUGUGAUAUUAAUUGGUGUCUGUGUGUACAUUCUCUAUCGUGAGACAAGUAAGCCGGUCGCGGCAGUAGCAGCAUCACAUAUGUCACCCACAACAACACCGCCAGCAACGGCAAUCUUGUCGCGGCAUCAGCAUUUAAAGGAACACCAACAUCAGCACCACCACCAUCAUCAGCAUCAACAUCGUCACCAACAGAAACACACACUGCCGCGCACAUUGGCAAGUAAUCACGAUGAUUUAAUGGCCUAA